UCUCUUUUGAAGUUGUGUGUAGUGUCGACUAUUGAGCUGUCUUAUUUACACGUAAUAUUUAUUUUGAUUUUGGUACAUAAAAUAAAUUUUCGGCGGUGAUACUCAUUAUCAAAUGUCGUUGAGAUCUAAGCUAUGUUGUGGCGCGAGUGAUAAAUUACCACAAUAGUAGAAAAAAGUAACAAAUAUGCCCGGGACUUUAGUAGACAGGCUGCCCUUGCCGAAUCUCAAGGUUUACACAGCGGGAAGUGUUUUACUUCUUUCAAUAGCUGUCUAUCAUGCCACGAUUGUGACUAGUGAUCCAAACUGGCGCGCCAAUAUCACUCUGCAGCGUCAGGAAGCAUUGGCUGAGCCUGAUGGAGAGGCGCAGCUGGUAGACCAAGCUGAAGUAAUGCCGGCGCUAAACCUGAAUGCCACCAGGAACUUGAACGAGCGCAUGGUGGUAAUAAUAACCUUCAUGAUGCAGGAACCGCUUUGUAUGUGGACAUUAAUAAACAUAGCGUACUGCUUCCUCGCCGUCUUCGGUUUCCUGAUCCAGCGCGUCGUCUUCGGUCAGCUCCGGGUCUCUGAGGCUCAGCGCGUCAAGGACAAGUUCUGGAACUAUGUCUUCUACAAAUUCAUCUUCAUCUUCGGAGUAAUCAACGUUCAGUACAUGGACGAGGUGAUGCUGUGGUGUUCUUGGUUUACUCUCGUCGGCUUCCUGCACCUGAUGGGGCAGCUGUGCAAGGAUCGAUUUGAAUAUCUAGCGUCGUCGCCCAACACAGCACGUUGGGUGCAUGUUCGACUGGUCGGUCUACUCCUGGGUAUACUGGCCGCCUCCACUGCCUUAUUGGGUGUUGCAGUCGCAUGGGGCUUGCCCGCCGGAAAGGAUACUUUCGCGUUUAUGGCUGCUGAAUGCCUGCUGGUGCUGAUGUCGGUGCUGCACGUGGGCGCGCGCUACGUGCUGCAGCAGCGCGGCGCGGACGCGGCCGGCGCGCUCGCCUACUACACGCACCUCGGCUUCGAUUCGGCGUCCCUUGUGCUCGAGCUGAUGCACGUGGUCCACAUGGUGGUGUACAGCAACAUGUUGGUGUCGAUGGCGUCGCUGGUGCUGCUCAUGCAGCUCCGCCACCUGCUGCACGAGCUGCAGGCGCGGCUGCGGAGGCACCGCCUCUAUACGUCGCUCGCGGACCACAUGAGUCGCAAUUACCCAAUGGCAAGCAAAGAGGAGGUUGAGAAGAAUCAAGACAAUUGUGCAAUCUGCUGGGAACCGAUGAAGGAAGCUAGGAAACUGCCCUGUUCUCAUCUCUUCCACAACUCGUGCCUGUGCCAGUGGGUGCAGCAGGACGCGUCGUGCCCCACGUGCCGCCGCGGCCUCGCACACGGCGCGCCCCCGCCCCCGCCCCCAACCCCGCCGCACAACCACCUCUUCCACUUCGACGGCUCCCGCUACGUGUCGUGGCUGCCCAGCUUCUCCGUGGAGGUGACCCGCGCCCGGCCCUCCGCCGCGCAGCUGGACGCCAUGGUGGCGCAGGUGCUGGGCAUGUUCCCGCAGGCUGACCCCGCCGCCCUGCGCGCCGACCUGCUGCUCACCCGCUCCGCGCACCUCACGCUCGACAACAUCCUCGAGGGCAGGCUGCAGCCGCCCGCAGAAGCACCGACAGUAAGACCGAUCUCGCCCCUCGAGGCGCCCCCCGCCCCGGAGCCCGCGCCCCCCGCUCCGGAGCCUGCGCCCCCCGCCGCGGAGCCCGCGCUGGACAAUCUAGACGUUGGGUCGACCAGCGCUAUAUUCUCGAGAAACGCGCCCGAACGAGAACAGAACCUGAGACGCAGGAAGGAGAUGCUGGUGGCGGCGGCGCGCAGGCGGUACCUCGAGCGGCGCGGCGAGGCGGCGCCACCACGCAGCUGACUCGCCCCCCCGCCCCAACCCCCCGGCCCCCAGUACAAUGCGCGCUCGCGUGCCCAGCGGUCGUGUCCGGUGCACCUGCACUAGCGUCGUUCCGAAUGUAUUUUUGUAUGUCGAUUAGUAUAUCUACUGUCUCGUGUGAAAAUUUACUGUAGAGUCAGUAAGCAAAUUAAAUUUCAACCGUCCUCGCUGUUUCGAAAAAGUAAUAUUUCAAUAUUGGCAACAUUUAUGUACAAAUUGAAAUUUUAAAAAAAUCGGCAACUAUAAGUAAUGAUUCAAUUUAUAACUUGAACGCUGACGCGCAAUGUUAGGAGUAUCAUAAAAAGUUAAAUUACCAUAUGACGUUUUUGUGACAUGCGAGAUUUUUGAAGGAGAUAAUGAUCACUGUUGUAGUAGCGUUAAAACAUUUAAAUAUAAAAGGAAUAUAAAAAUAUAUGAAAUUUAAUAAAAUAAAAUGGUAGAGCAAUCAGAAGACGUUUUAAACAACUACGAAUGCAGAAAAGUACGUACUCAUUUAAUAUUUGUGUAAAGUAAACUUGUGUCGUCGACUGUCCGGCGCCGACACGUCGCGACAGUACCGAUUGGACUUGUUGUAGCGCCUCGAGUUGUAUGGAGUGCUGCGCGAUAUUCAUACACGCCCGUUACCAAUACGUUACCACCUGUGUUUGAUCCAGUUUUCAAUUAUUAUUAAUUUGUCCAGUUUUCCUGUGCAAUUUCAAAAAAAUAUUAAAAUAUUGUCUUAAUUUGGUUUUUCAAUAUUUCUGCACUUUAUAGCACUACAAUAUUUUUACGUAAAAUUUAAACGCUUUCUGUACCUAAUAACUCUCGUUAUGCUUUGUAUCCAGAUUAAUUUUAAAAUGAAUUGUUUUUAGAAGUAAAUUUAAAUAUAUUUUAAGAAAUAAUGCGAGUUCAGUACCGGGACGAAGCAACGUAAAGUUUGUACUUAGUGGUUAUGUAAGAUGUUGUUUCCCGUAUCUGUUCCGGCCGCUUCAGAACACUGUACGUCUAUUGAUUACUAGUCAAAUAAAAUAAUAAGACUUAAAAUUA